AUGCACUCUGCCGAAAGCUUCCCAGAAGAGUUCAAAGGCAUCAGGGACAGUGGUGCAGAAAUCGGACUCCACGGAUACUGCCACGAGGGCGCAUCCCAACUCACACCCACACAAGAGCGUGAAGUUCUCGAACACUGCAUAUCGCUGUACCAAGAGCUUCUCGGGAAGCGGCCACUCGGAUAUCGUGCCCCAUUGUAUCAACUCCGCGAAACGACGGUUGAAUUACUGGAGAACUACGCCUUUUUGUACGAUUCAUCGCUCUCUCAUCAUGACAGCAAACCAUACUACCUCCCAAGCCAACCGCCAAUCAUUCCACCACGAUAUGAGGUGAAUGCCUCGGCGAAAGACUGGAUGAAGCCGGUCCCCAAACCCAGCGCACCAACAAGCAAAACGCUCGUGGAGAUACCGGCGAACUGGUAUGCCGAAGACAUGACACCUCUACAAUUCUACCCCAAUACGCCAAACUCGCAGGGCUAUGUUGAUGUCCGCGUGGUUGAGAACAUGGGCAAAGAUAAGUCUGGUUGGGGGGGGGAGGGAGUUGUUUUGCUAGAGCGGGGGUUGGAGAGGAUCUGGGGGUGGAGGGAUCUGGGGUGCUAUAUUGCACGUACUACGUAUGUGUGUGCGUGUAUUGCAAGGGGGGAUUUGGCGGUAUACUAG